AUGGCUAGACAAAGAAGAACCGCCCCAGCUAGAACCCAAACUAGAUCGGCUCACACCGCUUCGUAUCCUCAACAACAUUCGGCUGCCCACCCUGCCUCUCAACCUCAGCAGAGACAGCCAGGUUUGUUUGGUCAAAUGGCCUCAACCGCUGCUGGUGUUGCCGUUGGUUCUGCCGUUGGCCACACCAUUGGUGCUGGUUUGAGCGGGAUUUUUGGAGGCUCGUCUUCUCAGCCCGUUGAUCAAUACCAAGACCAACAAUUGACCCAACAACAACUGCAAAACUACCAAGAACAAGCUAAGCAUUGUGACGCCGACGCCAGAAACUUCACCCAGUGUUUGGAAGACAACGGUGGUAACAUGCAAAUCUGCAACUUCUACUUGCAGCAAUUGAAGGCCUGUCAAGAAGCCUCUCGUCAAUAUUAA